AUGAAGGAAGCUAUUGUCCACCCCGGAGUCAAGGUCGAGAUCGUCGACUCUCCCAUCCCGACCCCCAAUGACGAUCAAGUCCUCAUCAAAGUCGUCGUCUCAGGAAGCAACCCCAAGGACUGGAAGCUGCCUGAUUGGACCAAGACGGCCCGCAACGAAGGCGACGACAUCGCGGGAGUCGUCGAGAAGGUCGGCGCCAAUGUGACCGAGUUCAAACGCGGAGAUCGUGUGGCCGCUUUCCAUGAGAUGAUGCAGCCGCACGGCAGCUAUGCCGAGUACGCCAUCGCCUGGGCGCACACGACCUUCCACAUCCCCAAGGACACGACUUUCGAAGAAGCCGCCGCCAUCCCGCUCGCCGCCAUGACAGCCGCAGUCGGCCUGUACCUGCGCCUCGAGCUCCCCGAGCCCUGGCGCCAGCCCGCCGAUCCGCCCACCCGCCCCACGCCGCUCGUCAUCUACGGCGCCGCCUCGGCCGUGGGCUCGUACGCGAUGCAGCUGGCGUCGCGCUCCAACAUCCACCCGCUGAUCUGCGUCGCCGGCCGCGGCGCCGCCCACGUCGAGCGCCUGCUCGACCGCUCCAAGGGCGACGCCGUCGUCGACUACCGGCAGGGCGGCCCCGGCGUCGUCGCGGGCAUCAAGGCCGCGCUGCCCGCCGCCGCGCCGCUGCUGCACGCGUUCGACGCCGUGUCCGACCAUGGCAGCUACGAGCAGCUCGGCGAGUGCUUGGCGCCCGGCGGCAAGAUCACGCUGGUGCUGCCGGGGAAGCAGUACGACGGCUUGGCGCAGCAUGUGGUGAAGACGGUGACGAACGUCGGCGCUGUGCACGGGGAUGCGAAGGAGUUUGGUUUCGUGUGGUUCAGGCUGUUUGGGCGGGGCUUGAAGGAGGGUUGGCUGACGCCGCAGCCGCAGGAGGUCGUGCCGGGAGGGUUGGGGGGCGUGCAGACCGCCUUGGAGAAUCUGAGGGACGGGAAGGCGAGCGCGGUGAAGUAUGUUUUCAGGAUCGCGGACACGGAGGGGGCUGCGAAGCUGUAG